GUGAUUUCCUGUCUCUGUGCGAUCACAACUACAACUGGCGUUGUCGUUUCGAGCUGCUUUACCAGGAAAUUCAAGGGAGCCAGGAUGGACUCCAGGUCUCUCAGUCUUCCCUUUUGCUUGUCCACUUCUAGCCCCAGAGCGUCCGCGUCCUCUACUUUGUCAUCCUCCUCGACGUCAGUUGGCUCCAGCAGGUUAUACAGCCGGGAGACUCUGCCUCAACAUGACCGCUUUCCGAGGGCAUCAUCCACUUACAAAGUAGACGUGGACCAAAAGAGGUCUCACCUGCUGAGUUCAUCCAGAGACUACAACAGCGCUGACUUCCGCAGCAGUGGUAGCAGCAGUAGCAGCAGGAAUUCUCUCACAUCUUCCACCCGCUCUUAUGACCGUCCAUGGACAGAAUCAUCAGUCAGCAGCAGGACUAAAGUGACUGACGUGGAGAGUAGGUUUGGCCGUCCCAGUCUGUUGACCAGUACUGAUGAUGGAGACAAUAAGCGAGCCAAACUGACGAACAGCAACAGAGGACUGUACUCAAAAACUUCCAGCACCUCACUUACAGGAUCCACGUACUCGAGUAGUGGGUUUAACAAUGCCAAAGCAGGUAUUAAGGAGAAACACAGCAACGGCGAUAUGUCAUGGAGCUCGAGCCAUUUUCUGUCACGAUCUUCAGCUUCCUGCUCAAAGACCCAAUUGUCAAGCAGAGAGGCAGAGACGCCCAAUGAGCCGGGACUGUCGGGGCUGCGUGAUCGAAGGACGAGAAUCCAGGAACUGACGUCUUCAUUGUAUCAGACAGACCGCCUGACAUCCACUUAUGCCCAAGGAGCUCGACCCAAAGACUCGGCCUACUUAUCUUGCUCUUUCACUGCUGAGCGAAAAAGCUCCCCUGGCGGUCAGGCAGCCUCCACCUCCUCCACCCAUCGCUUCUCUACACCACGUGACCACAACAACCGACCCUCGGCGCGGUUUUUGAACGCCUCAUCCAGCUCUGCCUCAUUUCAGGAACAGCCUUCCUCCCGCCGACCGAAAGCCCCGCUCUCUCGGAGACCUACCCAUGAAGAUGGCGACCCUCAAUGGCGUACCUCCACGCGGCACCUCUUAUCCCGCCUCUUCGCAUCUCACUCCAGCCAAGACUCCCCCUCCUCCAGUAGCUCAUCCAGCGUUCGUUCGUUUGAUGAUGACAGCCUGUCUUUGGACAGCGAUGAGGGUACCAGGAUAUCUGGGGAUGCGGAGACGCCCUCUCAUAAUUGGCAGCCGAAUGCCACCGGAACCAGGCAGCGCAGAGUGGACCUCUCCCCAAUUUCAGAGGAUAAAGACUGUGGAGUAGCUGGAGCCAGGGUGGCUUUGCCCAGAGAGCCUGAAGUCGGGAGCAGACAGGCGGCCAGUAGCGGAAACUCCUGGCUUUCUUCCUCCCUGCGGAGCCGCUGCCCUUCUCUCCUCUCUCGUCUUCGGAGACGCACACAAGACGAGAGCGUGCACUCAACUGCCGGCCUCAGCCGUCCUCAACACUUGCUGAGAAGAUGGGACGACCUGGAACGGAGAGUGCCUCAGAAUGAUGAAGAGGACGAUGAUGAAGAGGAGCAAGGGGCGGUAGGUUCGAAUAGCUAUGGAGUUGCCCGUCCUCGCAGGCAAGAGAAAGACAAGUCACCCCAAAUGGAGGAAACUUUAGUGGGCUUGGCACUGGGCCGGAGGGGAGCUCCACUCCAAAACAGAAACGGGGCCACCGCACCACAAGAUGGCGCUGAGAGGAUGCUGGAUGCUGCAGCGAGCAAACAAGAGAAGCUCCGCAUUAUUAAGGAGAGACUGAUGCUGGAAGAUUCCGAUGAGGACGAAGGAGACCUGUGCCGAAUUUGCCAUAUGCGAGAGGAGUCCGCGUCCAACCCAUUGAUUCAACCUUGCCGAUGCACAGGAAGUCUGCAGUACGUCCACGAGGAUUGCAUCAAGAGGUGGCUCUGCUCCAAAAUUGGGUCAGGCACCAAUCUGGAAGCCAUCACCAAGUGUGAACUCUGCAAGGAGAAGUUGCGCUUGAACAUAGACAACUUUGAUUUCCAGCAGCUGUACAGGACACAUGCACAGUUUAAAUACGACGACUUCAUCAGCAGUGGUCUCUAUCUGGUGGUCCUGUUGCAUUUUUUUGAACAGAGGUUUGCUGAUGUCCUGGGGGCAAUCUAUGCAGCUGGGAUCCUCCCGAGGAGAGUAACUACGGGGAACAAGAUGGCCGACCUUCUAUCGACUUCUCCGAUCUGGACGACGAUCUGGACGAGGAAUACUGAUAAUCAUCAGCUUGCGGCUCAUGGAAAGAUUUUGGAGCAUUUCUUUGAUAUCCUUGAUAUUGUCGCUGUCGGGCGGAAUCCUCGCAUUUCCAAAAUCACUAUUUGGGAAAGUAAAAAAACAAAACUAAGCACUGCACAUUGUUGAAAUCAGUAUUACACCUCGUAGCUACUGACACACAUGACACACCACCGCCCUCAAAUUCUCUUCAAUCACUAAGCUAAUACGCCAAAAAAAAAAAAUCUAACUUCUCCAACCAGAAAAAAAGCCUUCAGUACUUCACAACAAUAAAUGACUCUUGUUAUGUCACAUUCUCAAACAUGUUUAAAAGGUAAUAGACAUCAGUGAGGCACGUUGACAAUCGCUAAAUUAAUCUGCAGACAGACUUUUAUGACAGUGUGUGGCUGACCAGUUUUUUGUGCGCAGAAGCGUGACGGCCAUCCGUUUCUAACAAAACAGGCUUCCUCAAAUGUAUGUAGCAUAACUACAGUCACUCAUUAUUACCCUAAAAUAAACGAAUGGAAUUUCAGUCUUGAGGCGACAUAAUGUGGCACAGCUCCCGUUGAGUGAAGAAGAGUUGGAAGUUUUCCCUUCUCGCAGUUAGUGUCCCAGAACAUUAAUAGAUUAGCUCUCAAACAAUUUACUUGGGUGUAAUUGCAACUCAAUGUGCAGAAAGUCAAAAUAGGAUCCAAUUUGUGGAAAGAUAAGAACUUGACCAUAUUUGAAAAUACGAGAUUUGCGCCCGACAACCAC